AUGAGCAAAACAAGACCAAGACCGGGCUGGUCUUGGUCUUGCACUCGGUCUUGGUCUUGCAAGCCUUCAGCUGGUCUUGGUCUUACACAGCUAGGUCUUGGUCUUGCAAGCUUUCAGCUGGUCUUGGUCUUGCAAAAAAGCAAGACCAAGACCGCAAGUUCAAGACCAGUCUCGCUUAUCACUAGUCCAAAUAGCGGAGCCGGGGGAUUACUACUAGACACAGGUUCCGGCCCCUCUUUCCUUCCACUACCCGCUCCGGUUCUAGAACAGGUGGCAGCCGGCAACUCCGAACCAGGAGUAACAACUCUGAAGCUUCCGGACACUUUCCAGCGCCCUCAUGACUUUACUGUGCGCGAUAUCGACGUAGAGGUUUGUUUUGUGUGCAAGAAAUGCCGUUUGGCGUUUCCCGGUGAGUCCCAAUUACUUACGCAUCAACGGCAGUGCUACGGAGGCAACCAAGGAAAUCGCGGGGCCUUCCGCAUCGUUCAAACCGGAUACGAGUGUAAGAGCUGCAAUCACGAACGUUUCAAGUCCAUCUUGGAACUGAAAAAACACUGCGAGAGCGAAGCGCAUCUCAAAACUAAUAAUCGCGUUGUGCCUAACAACGCUAUGCAUAAAAUGGGUUCUUUACUACCGCCUCCGUCUGAGUCACCACUUAGUCACGAAAUGGAAGAUGUCGUUAACCAGAUAACGCUUUUGGCUGCGAGAGCAGCUCAAGAGACGCCUCAAGUUAUCGAUACGAAUUCAAAUAAUUUGUGUCAACCUUCUGAAACAAAACGAAGGUUUCUCGCACCGAGUGAUGUAGCCAAACCAUUGACUACUGGACAUUAACCUGAUAAAAGCAGCUGCUUUAACUCAACUGUACAGUAACUAUCAAUCGAUUUAGUUAAAUUAUGUUUUAGAUAAAUUAUUUGUGCAAUAGGAGAUUAUUCGGUAUACAGAUACAAAUCUGGUAAACUAAC